GUCACUUUAUUUCUGCGGAGAGAAAUUUGUUUUUCGCUACUCAAAAUUAGUUUUGUUUAUCAGAUGAAAAUUUUACUUCCAAAACGAAUUAGUAGAGACAAUGCCAAUUCGCAACUUAGUGUGUGUGAACCGUUAGCCAGAAGACGGGUAACCUGCCCGGUGAUCCGUCAGAGAAGAGAAGCUGUAUAGACUGUCUUAAGGGAGGACAGAAGAAGAAGAAGAAGAAGAAGAAGAAGAAGAAGAAGAAGAAGAAGAAGAAGAAGAAGAAGAAGAAGAAGAAGAAGAAGAAGAAGAAGAAGAAGAAGAAGAAGAAGAAGAAGAAGAAGAAGAAGAAGAAGAAGAAGAAGAAGAAGAAGAAGAAGAAGAAGAAGAAGAAGAAGAAGAAGAAGAAGAAGAAGAAGAAGAAGAAGAAGAAGAAGAAGAAGAAGAAGAAGAAGAAGAAGAAGAAGAAGAAGAAGAAGAAGAAGAAGAAGAAGAAGAAGAAGAAGAAGAAGAAGAAGAAGAAGAAGAAGAAGAAGAAGAAGAAGAAGAAGAAGAAGAAGAAGAAGAAGAAGAAGAAGAAGAAGAAGAAGAAGAAGAAGAAGAAGAAGAAGAAGAAGAAGAAGAAGAAGAUGAU